GUGAAUGAUUAAAGUAACGCCCAAAACGGCAGCGUGUUGUUCUCUGCUUGCGUUCUGUGUCUCGUGCACAUGGAUUUUUGUUGCCUUGGAAGAUUGUUAGACAUCUAUUUGGUUUUAGUUCUCCUCGAAUUGUCUGAAAGCUAAACAAAUGUCAGGCUCAAGGUUUCUCUUCAGUAAUGGCAUUCUUUCACACAACUUGGAUGCCCCUCCUGUCAAAGUCUUCCUUGAAACUCAUCCAGGUGCUUACACAACAUCGCGGACUCACAACAAUGCUUUGUGCUUGUUAUUUUGGCAAAGACAUAUGAGAAGACUUACAGAAUCUAUACAAAUUCUAUCAAAUUUGGCGCCGCAACUUCUAUUUAAGUCUAAUAAUUCUGCAAUUUCACUGCCGUCUUCAGCCACCUUGCCGGUAUGGCAUCCCACAGUUAAGAUGCUUGUUAAUGAUUCAAUGUGCAAAGUCUUGCCGACUGCAUUGAAAGAGAGGAGUGAUUGUGAGGAGCUGGCCAUUACAACACUUGUUAGUGGUAAUUUGGAGGAAUUAAAUGCAUGUGAGACUGUUAGCGAGGAAAGAACGAGGAGAAUUCUUGAUGUGCAUGUGCAUAUUGAGAGUUAUGUUCCUCCUACAUUUGGUAUUGGGGGAAAUGGUGCUCAUUUGGCUGUGGUGGGCUACGGGAGGCAUGUUGCAGCUGCAAAAUAUUCAGAUUGGGUAAGGAUUAGGAAGACUCUGGAAAGGCUCAGGCCUCCCUCAGUGACAGAACUUUUGCUGUCUAAUAAUGGGGAUCAGAUACUUGAAGGUUGUGUGACAAAUUUUUUUGUUGUUUGCUGCAAGGAUUCAGAUGCUGGGAAGGCUCUGCGUGAUUAUGGAAAUAAAUACUCCUUCGAAGUACGGACAGCUCCUAUCAGUGAUGGUGUUCUUCCGGGAACGAUACGUCAAGUAGUGCUAGAGAUAUGCAGGAGUGAAGGAAUUCCAUUUCAAGAAGUUGCUCCAUCGUGGUCAGAACAUGAAAUCUGGGAGGAGGCAUUCAUCACGAAUAGCUUGAGGCUUUUGCAACAUGUGGAUAGUAUUCAGGUUCCAACAGAUUGGCAAUCAGCCCAUUCUAAAACGUGGAAGGAUAUGUCAUGGACAACGAAGCAAUUUCAGGGUGGACCUGGGAUAAUCACAACUAUAAUCCAGGAAAAGAUUAUGGAGAAAGCAAUUCUGGAAGGAUACCAUAUAAGAAACAUAUGUGCAGGUUGAAGAUCCCACUCUGGGUUGCAUCUAUGCUGGGAUGAAACUGAAAAUAGUUGAUCUCUUUCUCCCCCUCUUCAGUUGGCUUGUACAUUGACAAAUCCAUAUUUUCUUAGCUCAAGAAAUAGAUGAUGAUCAUUUGUUUGAAUCUGAAGUCUGAACAAGUUUAUAAAUUAGCCCGAGACCGAGUUGGGAAUAGGAACAAAAAUAGCGAAAUCAAGUUCUUUUACUGAUUUCUGGCAAUAUUUAGUUACUCCCCCAUUAACUACUUUUGUGAACAUUAAUAUCCAUUUAUCAGUUUCUAUGGAAACUUACUUCUUUGGAGGAAACGUUAUAAU